AUGAUUUCAUUCGAUAGUUGGAGAUGUUUCAUAUUCGAACUGAUUUUAUUUACAUUUACUGUUCGAUGGAAUGAAAGUUUGAAGGGUUAUGAAGCAGAUUCAUGGGGUACCGAAUUUAUUUUUAUAAUACCACAAAAAAGUAGCGAGUCGAAUCAAGCUGCUUGCUAUAUUCAUGCAAUGGAUAGGGAAAAAAAUGUGACAGCAAAUAUUGAGUACAAUAUUUUAAGCAUCAAAAAUAAUAAAUCAGAAAUUGAAAAGAAAAAAGACAAAGUGGUUCUUCGUUCUUUUUACCAAUACAAUUUUCACAAUUUGGUAGUGAAUAACGCAGUUGAUGGAUUGCAUAUGUUGGAAGAUAAUCGAAUACAUAUUACUUCUUUAGACAAAAUAUCAAUUAUUGCCUAUGUAUCAGACGACAAAUCGGCUAUUGAUUACUUCUUAGUACAUCCAGUUGGAAUGGGAGGUAAUUAUUAUGGAUUCUCAUUACCUGGACGUAGUACCAUUACUUUAUAUUUUAUACCACUUGGUGCAACAAACAAAACAAUAUCACAAAACCAUGGUGUUCACAAUGUUUCAAUAAAAUUGAGACAAAACAAUAAAAUAAAAACUGUAAAACAAAGUAUGAAGGCAGGUUCAUUAUGGCAAUAUACAACAUUUGUACAAGAGACAAUAUCAAUAUGGAUUCAUGAUCAAUUGAACAGUACCAUUAGUGUAACAAAACGAGUAAGAUCAAAAGUACGAACAAAAUUGAAUGAUGAAACAGCUCGAUUACUUAUUAUUGCUUUGGUUUGGAAUGUUUCAUUAUUAGGUGUCAAGAAAACAGAUUUUGGAUGUUUCAUGCCAACUCCAAUGAUUGUUGAUCAAUGCGCUGAAUUAACAACUCCUGCUUAUUAUCCAAUAAAUAGUGCUUUUGUAAGCAAUGCAUUGUUUACAUCGCCAUCAGAUUUGUGUCCGAAGGAAAUGAUUAAUAUCAGGACCACUAUGACAGAAUCUAACUUAUUAACAAUGGAAUGGAAUAAAUCAGCAGAGAAAAUUAGUUUAAAGGAAAAAGUUUCUAAGAAAAUGUUUGCCAUCACAUCUGGGACAACAAUCAUGAAUAUAGUGCAUUAUGGAGGGAAUGAAGGAAUGUUUAUUCAUGAGAUUCCCGCAUAUUCUCAAUGGGUUAAUGGUGAUUCUCCAGUAGUGGUACCAGAAGGUUCAGAAGCUACUCUCUAUGUUUUAGCAGAUGACUACGGAAGGGAAGCAACAAUGGAAGGUUUUGAAUAUCCUUAUUUUGAAGCAAUGGAUGAUGUGUCACCCGAUUUUAGUCUCUUCUUAUACACUCGCAAACUUAACCCUGGUAUCUAUCGUGUUGGCAUCGAUCAGGAAUUGGGUGGCCGAUAUAUUGCCAUUCUUGUAGCUGAAUUCAGUGAAGCUACCAUUGGCUAUGUUGCUGCUAUCAAUCUUCAUAAAAUUCCACCGCCAAUAUUUGUAAAAUAUUCUACUACCGCCCAUUUAACAACGACUAAUUCUCCGACAACACCCUUGUUGGUUUCAACAAUGACCACAGUAACAACAACUCGAGGUGCUUCUCUUAAUGUACUUUCAAAUAAUUUGUUCGCAAUUUGUUUCUGUCUGAUAGCAUACGUUGAAAGGAAACAAUAA